GUUAACACACACACAAAUCACGGGAAAUCGUGGUAUUUAAAAUGCAGCAAUACUGCUGCCCUACAGCGGGAGAAAUCUCGGAUUCUUUGAGCUCGAUGAGUUUCUGAUGGGAGAUUGGUGACGUAAGUGCCAUCAACAGCGACAGCCUGAUCGAGGUAGUCGCGAGGAUGGAUAGAUGGACAGAUGCUGGGGCGGAACUUGGACAUAUUUCCACAUUAUUAGCCCCUACCGACAGGCGUACAGCAUAAAUGAUCAGUUAGAUUGCAACUGGCAAUAGCUCAAGGAUGCGCAGCGCCGUCAAAGGGUUUCCACCGAGCAGGGGAGCGAGAGGACGGAAAUACAGUUGGACGGGCUCUCCAUAACUGUGGAAGUUUCUUCCGUUUUGUACUGUGCGUUGAUGAACAUCUGCUACAAACUAUUGCCAUAAACUGGAUGGCGACAAGGGCAAGCUAAGGAAGCGGUUUUCUGUGUGUUUCUGCGCCGUAAGACUGGACGGGGAGUUAUAUCUCAGCUCUUGGCAAUCAUGCUAUGACUUCUUAUUAGACGUGUCGGCCAGAUACACCUACACUCUACAUUUUAUCUUACAGGCUUUUUGGUCUGUAGAAAAAUCCUCUUCCAAGACCUGCUGACCCCUCAAAGACUUUGCACUUCGGCUUUUAGAGACUUUAUGUUUUAAAGAGGUGGAAUAAAAUAAGACUGGUUGCUUACGAAGAGAACACACCGUUACAUGCUUUGCAGUACAGCUUUUACAUUUAUUCUUGUUUCUCCGUCACUGGCAUUUUAAUUCUGUAUGAGAAGUAAAGAGGAGAGAGUGGGACGACAGCAUGCCGCGGAGAAAGCAGCAAGCGCCGAGGCGAUCUUCAGCCUACGUGCCAGAGGACGAGCUUAAGGCAGCUAAGAUCGAUGAGGAGCAUCUGCAGGACGACGGCCUCUCCUUAGAUGGUCAGGAUGCAGAGUACCUGUGCAAUGAAGACGACGACGGACACGAACAGCUGAGCUACCAGAAUUCGCCGCUCAGCAAUGGCACCAACCCAGACGCCGGGUAUGGCUCGCCCCUCAGCGACACCAGCGAUCACCUGGCUGACUUCAAAAGCACGUCCUCCAAAGAGGGCCAGGAUAAAGAGGAGGUCGAAGACAUGGAGACAGAUGCAGGACUGUCACUGCAGGACAGCCUGGCACAGAUGAAAGCCGUCUAUGCAAACCUGAUUUCUGAUGCUUCCUGGUCAAGUAUCACGAGAGACAUUUUGAAAAGCAAGCAGGUUAGUGCUAGCAGUACCAACAGUACCGCGAGCAGCCACAAGGGGAACAACAGCGUUGUGAGCAGCCACAUGAGCAACAUUGCAAGCAGCGGGGCUAGCAGCAGCAGCAAUGCUAGCGCCAGCACCAAGACAAAUGCAGCACCAAGCAGCAAUUCUACUAAAGCCGCCAACAAUGCUAACCACGGAAACAUCAAUGGUGCUAAUAGUGGGGGCGUUGCAUAUGACUGGCACCAAGCAGCACUUGCGAAAACCUUGCAGCAUACUCCUUACCACCUAAUGCCUGAACCAAGUCUCUUUAGCACAGUGCAGCUGUACCGGCAAAACAAUAAGCUGUAUGGGCCUGUAUUCACAGGUGCCAGCAAGUUCAGAUGUAAGGACUGUAGUGCAGCCUACGACACACUAGUAGGUCUCACGGUUCACAUGAAUGAAACAGGUCAUUACCGUGAUGACAACAAGGACAAAGAGGAUGACAAGGGCAAAAAAUGGUCCAAGCCAAGGAAGCGAUCCUUAAUGGAGAUGGAGGGCAAAGAAGAUGCUCAGAAAGUUCUGAAAUGCAUGUAUUGUGGCCACUCGUUUGAAUCACUGCAGGACUUGAGUGUCCACAUGAUCAAAACUAAACACUACCAGAAAGUGCCUCUCAAAGAACCAAUGCCAGCUCUUGCCUCCAAGCUGGUGCCCUCCACCAAAAAGCGAGCGUUCCAAGACCUGAUGUCUCCAUGUUCACCUGAGUCCAUCUCCAGCACCCCUGGUAUUCCAUUGGCAGAGUCCGCAUCCACCAAAGAUCAGAAGAUUUCCAACCCAUAUGUCACCGCUAACAACCGCUACGGUUACCAAAAUGGUGCGAGUUAUACCUGGCAGUUCGAGGCACGAAAAGCUCAAAUUCUCAAGUGUAUGGAGUGUGGGAGUUCCCAUGACACCUUGCAGCAGUUAACAGCCCAUAUGAUGGUGACCGGUCAUUUUCUCAAAGUCACAAAUUCUGCCUCUAAAAAGGGAAAGCAAUUAGUGUUUGACCCUGUGGUGGAAGAAAAAUUUCAAUCCAUUCCUCUUCCACCCACAACAACACGUCUGCCACCCCCCACUAUUAAAUCGCAACCAGAAUCACCAAUACACCCUUCUGUCAUGGAUGAAAGGAAGGAGGUAGAAGAAGAAAGAAUGGAGGAAAGUGAAGAGAAGAAAAUAAAGCAAGAGAAAGAAGAUCCUUCUGAGAGGGCGGAAAAGACAGGGAAAACUAGCCAUUACAAAUAUCUAAGAGAGGAAGACCUUGAGGAGACUCCUAAAGGUGGUCUAGAUAUUCUCAAGUCAUUAGAAAAUACUGUUUCAAGUGCAAUCAGUAAGGCUCAGACAGGUACACCCACUUGGGGUGGAUAUCCCAGCAUUCAUGCUGCUUACCAGCUUCAAGGGUCACUAAAAACAUCUCUACCUGCUGUUCAGAGUGUUCAGAUGCAACCAACAUUCAAUGCCAGCAACUUGAAAUCUUUCACCUCGGACUCCAAUGCUCUGAUCCAUUCUCCAAGCAGCCCAUCUCCACCUCCAAACCAUAAAAGCAAUGUGCUAGCCAUGGAAGAGUUGGUAGAGAAAGUGACAGGCAAAAUAACUUCCAAGAAAGACAGGGAUGAAAAGUCUACAGAACGUGGUUCCAAACAUAUGCCUGCUGAAUCACCUUCCCCUGUCCUUAAAGACAAAAAGGACUUGCCGAGACCAGAUGAUCUUAGCAAGCCAACAAAGAAUGGCACAGUGGAUAAAGAGUUGGAGCAUGUUCCUCAUCGGGAAGGGGAAUACAAGGAAAGACAUGCAGAUAAUCCUGUUAAGAAUGGAACGGAAGUCAGCAAUGGUUGUGGGAAUUUUGGAAUUAUCACUGACCACUCACCAGAUCAGCCUUUAGUCAACCCCCUCAGUGCAUUGCAGUCCAUUAUGAACACUCAUUUGGGAAAGGCCUCUAAAACUGUCAGUCCACUUCUAGACCCUUUAGCAAUGCUUUACAAGAUCAGCAACAACAUGAUGGAAAAACCCAUGUACAAUCCAGCUCAGGUCAAGCAAAGUGAGCCUAUCAACAGAUAUUACGACAAUGACGACGACCAGCCAAUGGACUUGACAAAGUCCAAAAGUUCCAACGGGCCCACAAAUAAUUGCUCUUCUACCGUUAUCAACAACAGCAGCAGCAUCACAAACAGUUCCCGACCCAUCUUAUCCACUUUGUCCGAAUCAGUCUCAUCUCCUCUUCGAGAGAAUGCGUUAAUGGACAUCUCAGACAUGGUGAAGAACCUCACAGGUCGUCUGACGCCAAAGUCAUCGACACCCUCCUCCAUAUCUGAAAAGUCGGAUGGGGAUGGUUGUGCUUUUGAGGAUGGCUUUGAGGAUCUUUCUCCUGUUCAGAAGAGGAAAGGCAGGCAGUCAAACUGGAACCCUCAGCAUCUGUUGAUCCUUCAGGCUCAGUUUGCAUCCAGUCUUCGAGAAACCCCUGACGGAAAGUAUAUCAUAACAGACCUUGGUCCUCAGGAGCGUGUACAUAUUUGUAAGUUUACAGGUCUCUCCAUGACCACCAUCUCCCACUGGUUGGCAAACGUCAAGUACCAACUCAGGCGGACAGGUGGAACCAAGUUUCUGAAGAACAUAGACUCGGGCCAGCCACUGUUCCUGUGUGGUGAUUGUGCCUCCCAGUUUAGAACUCCCUCCUCGUACAUAAACCACUUAGAAAGCCACUUGGGCUUCAGCUUGAAGGACCUCUCCAAGUUAUCAAUAGACCUCAUAAGAGACCAGCAGGCCGUCACGAAAAUGAUCACAGACAAGACUUUCAGUGCCCUCGGCUUGACUGAGGAUGACUCAAAUUCCAUUUUUCAGUGUAAACUGUGCAAUAGGACUUUUGUCAGCAAGCAUGCAGUGAAACUGCACCUCAGCAAAACGCAUGGAAAGUCACCGGAGGACCACCUGAUCUUUGUUACCGAGCUGGAAAAGUUGGAAAAAGCUUAAGAAAAGCAGGCUGGUGGCAGUGAAGUGACUGGAUCGAGAAUCAUUGCACUACAUCACUGUACUGCACUGCGCCUGAACUGAGCCUCAGUCCAACUUGCGUUGUACAACUGCCUGAAUGGACCAUGAUCUGUUUCGAUUUUUUUCCUCGUUGUUUUUCAGUCUCAUGAUUUCUAUCUCUUGCUUUGUAUUGUAUUUAUCUGAUAUGUGUCGGUUAUGUGCAUGUUUUUUUUCCUUUCAUCUUUUCAGUGACUUCAUAUUCAAACAGAAUUUACAGUUUGUACUCUGUUGAAUUGGGAAUGAAACAAACAUGGUAUCCAUGGGCAUGGUCUAAAACGAAAUGGCAAAAGAACUUCUGAAUAGAAUGAAUUGCGUUGAACACUUAAUAUACCUUAAAAAAAUUAAUUAAAGCACUCUGUAGUGUUGAAUGUUAUAAGAAUAUGUAUAAAAAAGAUGGGCCUAUUUCGUUCAUUGAACUCAGAAUUUCACAUAUUGGCUUGACAUAAAUCAAACUCUGCAACCCUUUUGAAGUGAAAACAAUGCAUCAGAUUUUGUUGAGUCUUCUAAACCUUGAAGGAUAAUGAAGAUUUUGACUGGCUGCCUAUGAUUACACACUCUUUGGUUUUUCAAAGGCAUUUCUUUGUUUUUAAUUAUCAUUGUUUUUUUGUUGUUGUUGUUGAGUAUCAUUUUAUACAGUAGCAAUUUGAAACGUAUGCUUUGGUACCACUGUUUCUCUUUCUAUGGUUUCACUUUCAACCUGUAAAGACUUAAUUGAAAUCUUAUAUACAGCACAUAAAUUUAAAUGAUCAGCUAAGAUGUGUAAAUUUCCAUCAUCAUAUCUUGACAAUUGCCGCAGCUCUACAUUGUUUGUAUGGUGUGCAUUCUUUUAUAUUGUCAUUUUAUAUAUAGUAAACAAAAAGGAAAUAAUAUGUACAGAGAUGUAUAUGCAGUAUAUGUGCUGUAGAACCACAAUUCAUCCUUUAGUUUCCAACGAACUAAGUUCUCUGAUGUGGUGAAUACGAACUGACUGAAGGAAGUUGCAUCUAUGUCGAUGCAUGUCGUGCGAGAUGGAACCAAGCAAUGCAAAACAUGAAAUACUGUACAUUUCAAUGUUUUAUCAUGCCAUUGUGAAAAGUCCCAUUAAUUCCCUAAUUAAAAAAGGAAAAAAUGUUUUUGUCCCUUAAUUGUAAAAUAAAACCUAAAGCAUU